AAGGUCGAUCCGGAAGCUGGACCUGGUACAGUGGAGUUGACGCAGCUGCUCUCAGAGAAGUGUGUCUCAGAAAGUGUGAGGGUCCGCAGUCAAUGUGGGGCUUUCUCCCCGUGUGGUCGCCGGUAGUUAGAGUAGGUGGGCUGCUGGAGGAGAUGCCGGGGGGGACGGAUUGUUAACGGGACGUUUAAUAACGCUGCGGUCUCUCCGGUCCCGUUGUUAUGGAGCAGCCACCUGGGAGCGUAGAUGAUCUACAGCCUCAGGACCUCUCCACCUCCAGCAUCCCCGCUGGGAUCGACCUGUCCAGGAAAGGCGAGGAAUGUGUCCUCAACUCCACGUCCCUCGAUGCCCUGCGGAUCGUCAAGAGCCCGGGCCGGUAUGCGAAUUCUGCGAGCAGCAACCCAGGAUUCCCCUCCGCAGAGACCGGCCCCUCGCACGUCGCGCUCCAAUCAGGGGAACACGUUCAACCAGACAAUGCCUUCUCUCGCACUACAGUCACCCUCUCCUAUGUGAGCCGGUCUCACGUAUUCUCAGCUCAAGACUCGCUGUCUCGACACUCGCCUCUGUGCGUUUUGCCACCCAUUAGCAACUUCUCCCUCCACCCGUCAUGUGACUCAGAGAAAGGGCUCGGGGAGACAGGAUUUUCACUGGACCAGCAUUACUUAGAACAGGCUGAGGGACCAGUGGCCCUCGCCCUUCAGCCAGAACCUUUGCAGUCAUUAUCUCAGGCGGGACCAGAGAAGGAUGGGGGAGUAUGUCUAAUACCGGAGUCUCGAGAGGUUAACGGUGGACUGGUUUCCAGUGAUGGGUACGUGGACGAGGAAGUGGAACCCAGUAUGCGUUUGAUGAAUGGUCGAGAUGAUAGUCAGUCGAGUUCAGUAGCAUGUGCAGAAUCCUCACCAGAGACUCUCACCCCUGUGACAGUAGAGGAUCCGGUGAAGGGCAAAUCUGAGGUGCUCUUACUCAUGUCUCAAAAACAGGACCCGGUGGUCGUCCUGGACAGUGUGGCUGCUAGAGACCUGUGUUCCCUGAGCAGGGAGUACAUCAGUCCUCUGGAGGACCCCGUCUCCCCCUCCGCUACCUCACUGGACGAUGUUGAGGAUGUGUUCAUCCUUCCUCAGGCCUCCAACUCGCCUAGCGGCGACAACGCCUGUCUAGAGGCAGCAGAAGAGGUUGCAUGGGAUGUCUCUAGAACAGAAGGGUCCAUUCAGGAAGGCUCUGGCAUCACAAGGUUGGAUUCAAUCGAUGAAAAUAAGCAGCCGGUCCGUGGACAGAAGUCAGUGAUAGAGUCUUUUAUUGACUUGACAGAUGAUGUGUGUGUGUCCGAUGUUUUAGAGGACAAGCCCAAGACCGUUAGUCCCCACAUGAAUGGGAAUGCAAAGGCACAACAGAGAACUUUAAAAGAAAAAAAACUGCCGUGGCGUUCCAGCAGAGGGACGCGACUGGAGGCUAUAGUUAUGAACAUAAAUUCAAGCAGGUAUAAAGUAUCAGGAUGCAUACGCACCAAUAAGAAAGCCCGUGCUUCCCCACCAACAGCUAAUGAUUCUAACUUAACAGAUCCUAAGAGUAAAAACACCCUGCCAGUAGGAAAAAGGAAAAGCAGAGCGAGGUCCUCCUUCUCAGUGAAAACAAUAAAACAAAAAGCAGGAACUCCAGUGAAAAGGGUUCAAACUAAUAACAUGAACACUGACUCUACCUCUGACUCUAAACUCAGCAUUUCUAAAAAGUCACAUAACAGCACACCUCCAAAAUGUCCUCAGCUUGCUGUGCACAAGAGAACAAGGGAAGAGCCAAAGGAUGUUUCACUCCCCGUACGUUCACCACAGACUAGCCCCACGCAGUCAAAGAGGACACGUUCAUCACAGUCCAGUCCUCAGUCUUCUGCUCACAAGAACUCUAAGAAGGAGCCAGAGCCUCUGUCUCACCCCAAACCCUCAGUGGAAAUGUAUGUGGCAAACUCUUCCCCACCGCCGUCAAAUUCUCCAAAGAAAAGUCCAGGGAAAGCCAAAGGCAAGGCUGUAGGUAGCAAAACAUCUCCCACUGCCAAGACGAAGUCCCCUCGUGUUGCCAAGAGGAGGCAAAGGAAACUUAAAAGCAGCCUAUCUUUGUCCAUGUUCUCCCCCAAGGAGCCGGAGAUCAAGCUGAAGUACGUCAACUACAAGGAAGAGAAAAGAGAACUGAGGUCAGACAGUUUCUCUCCAUUCAUCCGCAUGGAGCGUCGGCAGCCAUCGCCUUUACUGUGUACUGUAAUCAACUACCCAGAGGAGGCGAGGACACAAUGCAAGAAGGGCCAGCAGCAGCAGGCUCACCCCAGUGAAUUAAUCUCUGCAGCUGUACCCAGUACGUCUUGUCUCCAGCUGGGCCGGGUGUCCACACACAGCCAGCACCAGCGCUCUCUUGUCUGCUGCCUGUGUGGGCAGUCGGCCAAUGCCAUGGACUUGGGGGACCUCCACGGCCCUUACUACCCAGAGGGGUACCAGCCAAGCACUAAAACACCAGCCAGCAUAACGCAGCUCAAGGAGGAGGAGGACGGUGACAGCGAUUCAGACUCCUCAUCCUGCAGUGUCAGAGGCAGGAGGAGGAAGCGUGCCGUUCCGCCCACACAGUGGUCCUUCAGGCCGGGAGGCCAGCUCAAACAGAAGGGCCUCCUGGAGAGCCUCCGGUGGAGCAGUAACGGCACGGGCAGCCCCGCAGCUAAGCGGGCCCGCUCAGACGCCAGCGCUGCAGAUGUGGAGGACUGGUACAGCCCCCCUGUGCUGCCCCUGGAGCCCUGUGAGUACUGGCUCCAUGAAGACUGCGGCAUCUGGUCCGCAGGCGUGUUCCUCGUGAAGGGCAAAGUCUACGGGCUGGAGGAGGCUGUCAAGACGGCACAAGAGAUG